AGGAAGUUUGAAUGUAACGUUACACUGGGUCGAAGUGUUUCUUUUAAUACACUGGAAAAACAUUUUAGAAAAUAUAAAAUUGUCAAAGCUGGCUCUAUUUGGCAGGCUUCCAGAGAGUAAACAUCAAUAGAGAUUCCGGUGAUAAAUUAGAAAUGAAUAGGGAAUAAUGUCAGAAGUUAUCUGGUUGUUGUAAUGUAGACGGAUCGUUUCUGAAGAAACUAUGUUUUCACCACUGCUGAUUUCUAUUUUAACUCUACUUUUUCCUCUCGGACAUGCAUCUCUACCUCUCGUUAUCAAUACGUGGCCAUUCAAGAAUGCUACGGUUGCAGCGUGGAGUGUCCUGCAGUCCGGAGGCUCAGUGUUGGACGCAGUGGAGAAAGGCUGUGCUCGCUGUGAGACAGAACAGUGUGAUGGCAGUGUAGGCUAUGGUGGGAGCCCGGAUGAGACAGGAGAAACAACACUGGAUGCAAUGAUCAUGAAUGGGGAUACAAUGGAGGUGGGUUCAGUUGCAGACCUGAGGAGAAUCAAGAAUGCUAUUGGAGUAGCAAGAGCUGUGAUGGAGCACACUGAACACACAAUGCUGGUAGGAGAGUCAGCGUCUGUGUUUGCUGAAAACAUGGGCUUCGUCGCAGAAGACCUGACUACCAACAAAUCUAUGAAUAUUUUCUCACAGUGGCUGAAGGGCAACUGCCAACCUAAUUAUCGAAAGAAUAUGUUUCCAGAUCCCUCAACAUCCUGUGGACCCUACAAGCCCAGAGCGAUGGUUAAGCAGAGCAAGAGGGCACAGCAUGCCAAUAUACGCUCCCAUGACACCAUUGGAAUGAUUGCUCUUGAUCAAAGUGGACAUGUGGCUGUUGGCACAUCAACCAAUGGACUGACACACAAAGUUCCAGGUCGUGUUGGGGACUCUCCUUUUGUUGGAGCAGGGGCCUACGCUGAUAGCUUGGUUGGGGGUGCUGCUGCAACUGGAGACGGAGAUGUCAUGAUGCGUUUUCUUCCAAGUUACUUGGCUGUGGAGCUGAUGAGGGCCGGGGCAGAUCCCUCGGCAGCCUGCAAGACGGCCAUUUCCAGAAUCAAGAGGCAUUACUCGGGGUUCUUUGGAGCCAUCAUCUGUGCUAACACAACGGGCCAUUAUGGUGCAGCCUGCAAUAAAGUCCCUGGUUUCUCUCAGUUCCACUUCAUGGUGUCAAACUCUGAAUCAGACACGCCACUCCUCAAGUCUGUUGACUGCUUUUAAAUGCAGUAUUGCCGAUUGAACUGUCUCCUGGAAGUUUUCUUAUGUCUGUUUUUAUGUUAUUUCUCCAAUAAAAUGUAAUAAGACUCA